AAAAAAUACCCAGUGCAAGAUCUCGUAUUGAAAAAAUGCUGAUAUCACCGGUAACAAAUCCACUGGCAAAUAAAUACUUCCUUCCGUGCGAGUAAAUAUCACGUCUACCUUCAAAUAAACUGCAGGAGACUCGGGAGAUAAAUGUACGUACGCAAAUUAACUUCUUGCGUGAGUUCAAGCCCACAACUGACAAUGUACCAAUUCAAAUCGGGUCUGAAUAAAUCACUCGGAGAUCAAGAGUUUGUCAAGGUCCCGUCCUUGAAAGAAUGAAGUUGAGAUCGCAAGAAGUGGGAUAAUUCUCGAAUAUAUAUACGCCGAGGAUUUCGGGUAGAAUCAACCACAAUCACCAUCGUUUUCGUCCGAUUCAAAUCAACAACCCAAACUCCAAAACCAAAAUGAUGAAAUUCGCCGUAGUUGCCCUUAUUGCCUGCGUUGCCUUCGCCAAUGCCGGAGUGAUCACUCCACUUGUUUCCACCCAGACCCACACGGUGUCCAGCCAUGGAUCAGUGCAGUCUCACCCAACUCCUGUGGUUCACGCUGUCCCAGUUGUCAAAGCUGUCCCAGUUGUUCACGCCACCCCAGUUGUUCACGCUACCCCAGUUGUCCAUGCCGCUCCAGUUGUCCCCGUAGUCCACGCAGCUCCACUCGUUCCAGUCGUCAAAACCGCCACCGUUGUCCACCAUACCCCAGUCAUUGCCGUCCAUCAUUAAAAUGAAAUAUUUGCUGUGAUUUUAGAAUAAGUCUGAUGGAUCUUCAUUAUGUUUGAAGCUUUAAA